UCAGAACUGAGAGCACAUGACAGCUUUGUGUCACCUGUGCUCCACCCCAUCGGCGCGACCGCAGCCAAAAAGUAGCCAGAACCUCCUCUAACGAGCACCGCCUCUAAACGUGCAACGCCAGAUCCCCGUCGAAGGACCUUGCACAGCAUACACAAGCGCUCCUCAUGUCUGUGACACUCAACCAGCAGGCCAUGGAGCACGCCAUGGCCUCGAGACCGGCCAUCACGGACCCCGUAGCGCCCAGUGCCCGCGCUGGCUUUCAAUUUGCGCGUUUUGCGGCGAUGGCGUGGAGGUCGGCCGCCGCACGCGAAGGCGCCGCCCCGCUCCUCCUGAAUAUUUGAGACGGCUCGGACGCCCUCGACGCGAGAAAAACCGCGCAGGUCUUCCCGAACAAGGACCGCGGCGGCCCCAAGAUCACCUUCGUCUCGCGGCCGCGCGCGAACGUCGUCGCACCCGUCAACAUGGGCAGCCCGGCCAAGCGCAAGUCGCCGGGCGUCCUGCCCGUCACGCCCGACUCUAGACCCGCGGACUGCAUCAUGCCGCCUCCGUUAGAACUCGACGAGUGCGGCUCGCCCAAGCGCAUCCGCUUCUACUCGUCCCUAAGUUCCGUGCGCGAGCACGGCGGCUGCACAAAAUGUGGUGGAGACACGAUCAAGUGUAGAGGCCACGCCUUCGACCGUAGUGAUCUGGACUACUUCGAGCCCUGCGCCGGCCGCGUCUGCCUCGAGUGCGACGCGCCCGAAUGCGGCACGUGCGCGCAGCCGAUGCCCCUGCCCUUCUGCAGGGCCUGCGUCGAGAUGGUCGUCUACGAGAGCGGCAGCUUCGUCGCCGACAAGCCCGAGUACGCCCAGUACCUGUGCAAGGGCGGCGGCGACGACUGCUGCUGCAACGCGCUCGUCUGCGACGACUGCCACGACAAGACGACGGGCACGCGCACGGCGGCCUACGCGAGCGCCCUCAAGGCGACGCGCGCCUCGGCCCUCAAGGAGAACCCGCUCAAGUACGUCGUCCAGGAGGCCGUCACGGCGAAGACGCGGCUCUGCGAGGACUGCGUCGAGCGCCUCGAGGCCCUCGGCCAGGACGAGUAGAUCUGACCCGGCUGUCCCAUUUCCCCCUUUUGGUUGGUCCCCCCGCGCGCGAGGCGGGCUAAUACUCUCUUGUUUGCA